GCCCAAUGGACAAGGCGACGUGGCGAAGUUCCUCCAGGGCAUUGAGAACCGCGACCUCUGGGAAAAGGAACAUGGACAGAUCUAUCGUAUUUGGUCGGGCAUGAAGUCGGAGGUGGUUCUCACACAGCCUAGCCAUCUGCAGGCUGUUUUCAGGGAUUCCAACAAACACACCAAGGCCGAGAACAACAAUUCCGGCUAUCUCAUGAGUGAACUUCUGGGCCAGUGCGUCGGACUCGUGAGCCGCGAACGAUGGCGGACUCUUCGCGCCAUUACGGAAAUCCCGUUCCAGCAUGAUAAAAUGCCCUCCUAUCUGGAGCUCAUUCAACGGCAUACGCGACAGUAUUUCGAUCGCCUUCUUGCUUCGGGUGACCUGAGGCAGGAGAGAAUCCACCCGGCUCAGGACCUGAAGAUGCUUCCAUUUUGGAUCGUCGCCGAGAUCUUCUACGGGGAAUGCGAUGCAGAGAUGAGGGCAGAGCUCCAGCAGCUCUGUGUACUCCGGGAGGACCUCUUCAAGCACAUGAUACAGGGCGGAAUCGUGCGUUGGCAAUGGUCCAAAUAUCUCCCUACGGCGACGAACCGAGCUCUAGCCGAGUUCCAGCGCCGAUGGAGGACCUUCAAUCAGCGAGCCUACGACCGCGCAUGCCGACAACAACGUACACUGCCCAUCGUCCUCAUGACCGAGGCUGCCAGGGCCGGAACAACUUCAGUUGAGCAGAUCUACCAGACCAUUGACGAAGCGCUUUUCGCCAAUCUGGACGUCACCACCGGUGGAAUCUCCUGGAACCUCGUCUUCUUCGCCGCCCAUCCGGACAUCCAAGAACGCGUUCGACAAGAGGUUCUAUCUGCGACGGACCAUGACACAUAUCUGCUCUCCUCCUCCACCCUACUCGCAGCCUGCAUCUCUGAAUCCGCCCGUCUGAAGCCUCUUGCUGCAUUCACCGUUCCGCAAUCCGCCCCGACUGAUCGCGUUAUUGGAGGUUAUAACAUUCCAGCCGGGACAAAUCUAGUCGUGGACACCUAUGCGCUCAACAUCCGCAACGAGUUCUGGGGGCCAGACAGCCAGUGCUACCGGCCGGAUCGCUUCUUGAAACAUCGGGCGACGGAGCUGCGGUACCAGUAUUGGCGUUUUGGAUUUGGUCCCCGGCAAUGUAUGGGUCGAUAUGUCGCCGAUUUGGUGAUUCGGACGCUGCUGGCCCACCUCGUAGCGCAUUACGACCUGGGCUGGUUGCAAACAGACCCGGGCAAGAAUAGCACAUGGCAACGGGACUUGGAGUCGUGGAUUACGAUCCCCGAUCUGUAUCUGAGAUGUACCCAGCUUAGGAACGUUUAAAGGGGAAGUGACACUCAAAUAGCGGCCAAUAUUCUUGUCACUACAUGGAGAUCUUUCACAGUUGCUAGGACCACAUUGGACAUAGUGCAAUAGACAAACAACAUACAAUCGAUUGAACAAUGUAUAAUACUAUUCAAUGUCCGAGGGUCGGAGCGCGCUGUAGA